AUGAGCACUUUAUGGCUUUGCCUGGCUGUCACUGCAGCUAUGGGAGGAACAAUUCUUUGCAAACUCAAGAAGAGCCCAGGACAGGGGGGGAGAAAGGUGGUCUGCCUGGCAGGCCUGUGGGGAGGGGCUUGUCUACUCAGCCUGUCCCUCUUCUGGGGCUCGAUCAUCUUCUCCCUGUCCUGUUUCCUCAUGUGCACUUUCUUCUCUGGCCAAGAGUUGUUACCUGUGGAUCAAAAGGCGGUGCUGGUCACAGGUAGUGAUUCCGGGAUUGGCAACGCCUUGUGCAAGCAUCUGGACCAGCUGGGUUUUACCGUAUUUGCUGGAGUUUUGAAUGCACAGGGCUCAGGAGCAGAAGAAUUGCGGAGAACCUGCUCCAAGUGUCUCACCGUGCUCCAGCUGGACAUCACUGACCCAGAGCAGAUAAAAGACGCCUUCAGCAAAGUGGUGGAGAAGGUGCAGAACAGAGGACUGUGGGCUCUGAUCAACAAUGCCGGAGUCUUAGGCUUACCAGGUGACGGGGAGCUCAUUCCCAUGAAUGGGUACAAACAAUGCAUGGCUGUGAACUUCUUUGGAGCAGUGGAAGUCACCAAGGCAUUUCUGCCUCUUCUUAGGAAAUCCAGGGGGAGGCUGGUGAACAUCAGUAGCAUGGCAGGAGGCGCCCCCAUGCCAUGGCUGGCAGCGUAUGGCUCAUCCAAGGCAGCUCUGACCAUGUUUUCAUCUGUCAUGAGACAAGAACUUUCCAAAUGGGGAGUUAAAGUUUCUGUUAUCCAACCUGCGGGCUUCAAAACGAAUAUCUCAGGCACGAGUGAAACGUGGGACAAGAUGGAGAAGAAUAUUCUGGACAAUCUCUCGCCUGACGUACAGGAGGACUAUGGCCAGGACUAUAUUUUGCAGCUACGGAGUUAUCUCAAGUUUGUGGACCAGCAAACCAACUCAGACCUGUCCCCGGUGCUUCUGGAUAUCCAGCAUGCUAUCUCCUCUAAGAGCCCCUGUGCAUUUUACUCAUCUGGAAUUUUUUCUUACAUGUGGCUCUGCUUUGUUAGUUUUACCCCGACUGGCAUAUUUGAUCAUUUCACCCAAAAACUUUUUGAUUUCACAAAGUUCAUGCCCAAAGCUCUAAGGAAGUCUGACUGGAAGAAUAAAGCUAUGUAG